UGGGAUUCACACACCCUCAUGAAAACCUCUCUCCCCUCCCUUCAGCUACUUUUUAUAAGAGUUGAUUCGUAUCUGCCAGACAUAUUUCUGAGCACAGACACCAGCCAGGUUGACUUCUACUCCAGAAUCUAUCUGCAUCCUUUUUACAAGAUGAAGACAAACACAGUGAUCCGUUGGAUGUCAUUGCUGUCUAUCUGGAUGUGGACUGGAGAAGGUCAGAUAUUCCAGCCUGAGCUUACAUCUAAUGCUUUCCUAGCCAAGGUCACCAGUAAUACAGUGAUACUGAAGCAGCCGUAUUGUGUUUUUAAUCAGACGUGUCCUGGCUGUGAGAUAUGGCUGGUAGCUGGGCUGUGCUCAGCGAAGGGCACCUUUGAUGCUCUAGUAAACAGCUCGACUCCCAACAUCCUCAGCUUGUCACCCUACCCAACAGCAUUCAACCCAUCAUCAAACAACUUCUUUCUGACCAGAGUUGGACUUCUGUCAGACUUCCCCUGUAAUCAGAACCCCAAUGAUCAAUACUUCGUAGUCGGCGCUGAUGGGAUUUGUAGUGGGGUCAACUGUAACGGAGUAUUACCUGAUGGAUCCACCGUUUGUUUCAAGUAUCUUCUAAUCGAUGCUAAUGGGACUCUUGUUAAUUCGUCAGACUGGUCUGGCAACAUUACUCUUCCCAAACUACUAGCCCUUAACACCAUUUCUGAUGGUCUGAGUGCGAGAUCUGGUGCCAUGGUGGUCAUUACUACCAUCCUAUGUGUGGCUGCGGCUCUGCUUUUACUUCUUUUCCUCAUCAUGUUAUGUGUGACCUGCUGUACCAAGAAAGACGGUAAGAAAAUCUCAGUCAUGAACUCAAUCCGUAUCCCCCGCUAUGACACCCACAACCUAAAGGAGCGUGUGCACCCCUACGACAACCCAGCUUACCAGCCGGACUUGAAGAAUUACUCCACAUCAUCCACUCUGCCCAGGGAUGGCGCAAGAAAGCUGUGAGCUCCCAAAGACACCGUCACUGCACUGCAUAUCUCAUGGGAAGGAAAACUACUUUGCAGUAUUUUCUCUUUCAUUGUUAGUUACAAGGCAAAAUAGAGGACAGGAGUAAACUUGAAAUGAACCCAUCAAAUAUCAACAUAUGUUACAUUGCUGUUUUGCACGGUUGUGCUAAAUGCUUCUUUUUAGUCAUCAUCUUCCAGGUUUUUGUAAACUCCUGUGUCCUCAGUAUUGUUUGUGAUCAAAGGAACAGAUGGAACUGAACUGCACUGCACUGACUAUAACAUGCAAAUUCACUAGAUGGCACUGUUUAGUGGGAAAUAUGUGGCAGAGUGCCAGUCAUAGUGUAGUAGUCACUAGUGCAGUGUUUUCUGACUGCUUUCUUGUCUUAGGGGCCAAACAGGUCUAAUUAACCCUUUAUUAACAAAGCAGGUGAUUUUGUUUCUUUUAACUCAUAUUAUACUGGAUAUAUUUUGUUUUAUUGAUAUUCUUAAAACUUUCUUUUUUCGUUUCUUUUUCAUGUUUAAUCAAGAUCAUAGUCAUCAUUCUCUUAGUUAGUGGUUUUAUAAGUCGUUUUAAUCUUUGUCGGCUAUGUUUGUGCUGUAUGUAUACAAAGCAGUUACCCUGGUCUUUAAUAAUUUAGGUUAAAACAUUAUGAAGUUUAAGUUUGAGCUUUAAGUUAAAAUGUUAUGAAUUUUUCUCAUUUUACAGUGUUUUUUUUUUGUUUAUGAUUGUUAAUCACGUUUUAUGCAGAAAUCUUGCUUAGUCUUAGAGUACAGUCAAAAGUUCAGCCAUUCCAUGUAGUUUCUCAGUUAAGACAUAAUAAAAACAACAUGUUUAAUAA